AUGGCCAGCUACGGCGCCCCGUCUGGUAGCGGCGCCGGCCAGCCAUAUCAAAUGAACCAAGACCCGAGAUUCAAUGAUCCUCGAGCGCCGCAACCGGGAUACCAGCAAUAUGGUGCCAACUCCAAUAGUCGGCCAGUCUAUGCGAACUCACGGCAAUUGCCCUACGCAGGACAAGGCUCUGCGCAGAUACCUCAACAACCAGAUGCCGGAAAUGACCUUGCCGCACAAAUGGGAGGACUGAACAUGUCGGCCGCUCCUGCACGAUCUCAUAGAAAGAAAGAGAGGCAUGCAUACCAUGACAUUGGGUCAGCGCCGGGUGCCGCUUCAAUGGGCGAUGUUGCUCAAUCCGGAGCUUUUGGAGGGCCUCAGUUACUCAAUGCCGCCCCUCAAGCCGCUCCGGACGGCGCGCCUAGUCGACCUGCUCAAACUGCGUUUGUCAAUCCGUCAGACAAACUGCGGAUGGGAGAGGAGGCCGUUACUACCCAUGGCCGCGUGGAUCCAGAGCAGAUUCCCAGCGUAGCGAGAUCAAGGGACCUGGCCACUCAAUACUACCAGGUCAAUGUGUACCCUACGAUGGAGAAACAUCUGCCUCCUCCCGCCGCCAUCCCUUUCACUGCUCACGACCAGGGAAAUUCUUCUCCGAAGUAUGCGCGGCUGACAGUCAACAAUAUUCCCUCGACGGCUGAGGCUCUUGGGUCGACGGGGCUUCCUCUUGGCCUUGUCUUGCAACCGUUCGCCCCGCUCCAAGAAGGCGAGCAGCCUAUACCGGUACUUGACUUUGGUGAAGCCGGGCCACCUCGAUGUCGGCGAUGCAGAACAUACAUCAACCCGUUCAUGACGUUUAGAUCUGGCGGAAAUAAGAUGGUAUGCAAUAUGUGCAGCUUCCCCAACGAUGUCGCUCCCGAGUAUUUUGCUCCUACAGAUCCUGCCGGUGUGAGGGUCGAUCGCUUGCAGCGACCAGAACUCAUGAUGGGAACGGUCGAGUACGUUGUUCCUCGAGAAUACUAUACCAAGGAGCCGGCACCUCUGCGAUGGCUCUUCCUCGUCGACAUCACACAAGAGGCCAUCAAUCGGGGCUUUCUGACAGCGGUAUGUCAGGGAAUUUUGGAUGCGCUUUACCGUCAUGAGAGAGACGUUCCACAAGAAGCGGACCCGGACAUGGGGACGCUUCCUGCUGGGACCAAAAUCGGCAUUGUCACAUACGAUAAGGAAGUCCAGUUUUACAAUCUCACAGCAGGGCUGACCACGGCGCAAAUGAUGGUAAUGACAGAUCUUGAGGACCCUUUUGUGCCUCUGGCCGAAGGGCUUUUCGUGGACCCUGAGGCGUCCAAGGAUGUCAUUACCUCGCUGCUCAAGGCUAUCCCAACCAUGUUUUCGACCAUUAAAAAUCCAGAACCUGCUUUGCUACCUGCCCUCAACGCGGCGUUAGCUGCCAUGACGGCGACGGGGGGCAAGAUUAUUUGUUCGUUGUCAACUUUACCAACAUGGGGACCCGGACGAUUACAUCUGCGAGAUGACGGCAGAGGCCGGGACACGGAUGCGGAAAGACGAUUAUUCACCACGGAACACCCAGGCUGGAAGAAGACGGCUUCUGCCAUGGUCACUGCCGGUAUUGGAGUGGACUUCUUUCUGGCGGCCGCGGGAGGUGGGUACAUGGAUGUCGCGACCAUUGGUCACAUGUCCCGCUUGACCGGGGGGGAGAUGUUCUUUUAUCCCAAUUUUGUCACGCCUCGCGAUUCUCUCAAGCUGCAGACCGAAAUCAGCCAUUCAUUGCGCCGCGAGACCGGAUUCCAGGCGUUGAUGAAAGUGCGCUGCUCCAACGGCCUGCAGGUCUCCUCGUACUAUGGUUCAUUCCUCCAGCAUUCGUUUGGAGCCGAUCUGGAGAUCGGGACGAUUGAUGCCGAUAAAGCUAUUGGGGUGACCUUCUCGUACGACGGCAAAUUGGAUGCCAAGUUGGACGCUCACUUCCAAGCCGCGCUUCUCUACACUUCUGCCACCGGUCAGCGAAGGGUGAGAUGCAUCAAUGUGGUCGCAGGAGUUCAUGAAGGCGCGACCGAGACGAUGCGGACGGUUGACCAAGACGCGGUCGUGAAUAUUCUCGCCAAAGAAGCGUCAAUCAAAGUUUCCGAAAAGUCUUUGAAAGACAUCCGCGCCAGUAUCACGGAAAGAACCAUCGACAUCCUGGCGGGAUAUCGGAAGAAUUUCUCCGGGUCACAUCCACCUGGGCAGCUUGUCCUUCCGGAGCAUCUUAAAGAGUUGGCCAUGUACACGUUGGGUCUGAUCAAGAGUCGAGCCUUCAAAGGUGGUGUCGAGCCUACAGACCGUCGGGUGCAUUCGGCUCGGUUCAUGAGGUCAUCCGGGGUAACUGAGACGGCGUUGUACCUCUAUCCCCGGAUCUACGCCCUCCAUAAUUUGAACCCCGAGGAUUGUUUCGCCAGCUCGGAGACGAUGCAAUUGGUUGUUCCUUCGACCCUCCGAGCCUCCUUUGCGCGUGUGGAGGAAGGUGGAGUGUAUUUGGUUGACAACGGACAAAUCGUCCUCAUCUGGCUUCACGCACAAGUAUCCCCGAAUCUCCUGGAGGAUCUCUUUGGCGAAGGCAAAACCAGUCUUCAAGACCUCGACCCAAUGAUGAACCAACUUCCCGUGCUAGAAACGCAUCUCAACGCACAAGUCCGCAAUUUAUUGCAGUACAUAUCGACGGCGCGAGGGAGCAAGGCUGCUACGUUCACACUGGCUCGACAAGGACUUGACGGGUCGGAGUUUGAAUAUGCCCGGAUGCUUGUUGAAGAUCGCAACAAUGAGGCUCAGAGUUAUGUUGAUUGGCUUGUUCAUGUUCACCGAGCCAUUCAGAUGGAGCUAAGUGGGCAGAGAAAGAAGGACGACACAGGAGAUCAUGAGAGUAUUUUGAAUAGUUUGACGGGGCUAAAGGCGCCUUACUGGACAUGA